AUGAAGGUGCUGACUUUGCUCCAGCCUCAUGGGGCCCAGGACCAGCAGGCUGCAUCAGGGGGGCUCUACUCUAACUACCUUGGCCAGAGCAUGGAGAACAGAUGCCUGAUCCAUGCAUCUGUGCUGCCUCAGGCCUUCUCUGGACCAGAUUCUGACCAGGACAGCCUCAUGGCUGAGGAGACUGAGGCAUCCACAGAGAUGCCUGUCCUGGACAUGGUAUUGGAUGAAGAGAAGUUGGACCAAACCAUGCCAUUUGGGGAACAGGAGUUUGGUGAGAUGGAGAGGGGGAAAGAUGAACUGGAGGAAGAACUGAAAGACAAAAAGUACCUGCUGCUGAACGAGGUGUGCUGUUCUCUGGUGAAUAAGAGCACUGCUCCCGGUCAGAAGGACUGGGAUGUAGAGGAAAGUGUCUGGAAAAGGAUCCAGAACUUGUCCAAAGCCAUCUCUAACGACGAUCCCCAGUUUCUCCUCAAGGUUGCAGUGUACACCAGACAGGAGUUGAACAUCCGUAUCACAGCUAACUUCCUUUUGGCUCUUGCUGCCCAUCUGCCCACCACUAAGCCACACGUGCGUAGGUACUUCUGUGCAGCUGUGCAGCUACCCUCUGAUUGGCUGGAAGUGGUGAGACUCUACAGCACGUGUUUUGGCCACUCUUUACCCACCUGUCUGAAGAAAGCCCUGGGAGACAAGUUCAAGCAGUUCAACGAGUAUCAGCUGGCCAAAUACAACACACGCAAACAUCGCUGCAAACACAGUUGCUCUAGACCCAAAGGCAAGAAACCAUCCACUCAGCAAUUGGAAAAAUGGGCCAACAUGCUUGGAAGUGAUGCCACCAGUCUGCAGAAAUAUUUGAAAAUGGAGGAGAGACCAGUGGUGGAUAAGAAGCAGAGUGAGUUCAGUCUGAAGAAGAUGAUCAAGAGGCUCCACAUCAAAGAGCCUGCUCAGCAUGUCCUCGCCAUACUGGGAAAGCGGUACCCUGGUGACCCCAAGGCGUUCUCCCGCAGUGGGCUCAGUGGGGUGUGGGACAGGGAGCGGGCAGGGCAGCGCAUGAAGCUCAAACAGCCAGACACAUGGGAACGCAAACUCAGCCAAGAGGGAAACAAAGCCUCCACCUGGGAGAAACUGAUAGACAGUAACUCUCUGCCCUUCAUGGCAAUGCUGAGGAACUUGAGGAAUAUGAUAACCCAGGGCAUCAGUGAGCGGCAUCAUCAGAAGAUUCUGGGAAGACUGACCUUCAGGAAAGCAGUGAUUCAGAGCAGACAGUUUCCCUUCCGUUUCCUCUCCGCCUAUAAGGUCAUAAUGGAGCUCAACAACAUGGCCCGUGCAUCAGCGAAAGCGGUCUCCAGCUCUAAGGAGAUCCUCAGGGGCAUUCUGAAGAAGAUGCCUAAGAGCAAGCGCCUCAGUCGUCUGGAUUGGGAGACGGCUGGGCAGAAGAGGCUGAGGGUGGCGUUAGGUGUGCCCUUUGUCUACCGCAUCUACAACAUGAAGAAGAGUCAGUUGAAGAAAGCCAGCCAGAGACUGUAUUCGCAGGCCCUUCUGGAGCAGUACCGCAAGGCUCUGGAAACAGCAGUGCAGAUCUCGUGCCGUUACAACGUGCCACCCCUCCCUGGUCGCACCGUGAUCUUGUUCGCUGGUAACAUGGGUGAGGACGACACCUGGAGCGCCACUCAGGACUUCUGCUGCCCGCCUGACGUAGAGGCAGAGAAAGUAGAUGAAGCUAAGGAAGAGAAACUCACACCCUCUAUGCAGGAGGUGGCAGUGUUACUGUCACUGAUGAUAGCCCACAGCGCUGAGCAUCCCCAGCUGAUCCACUUUUGCUGGUGGGGUUGUGCAGAAGUAGAGCUCAAGUCGGACGUGCUGUUGGAUAAUGUCAGGCAUGUGAUGAAGCAGGUAGAGGUGGACAAUAUCAUCGUGCUGGGGGAUCGUUACUUGGAUAAUAACAUGGACAUAGCGCUUGACCGAUACAGGAAGGAUGUGAACAACAACGCCCUCAUAGUGAAAAUCUUCUUUGGGAAAGGGACGAUAGACCAAUCCACAGACAGGAACUGUGUGGUACUCCAAGGCUUCAGCGAGCAGAUCCUCAGGUUUGUGGCUGAAAGAGGCUCGUCUAGACUGCUGGAUCACGUGGAGCACAUAGACAAGCUGCAUCACAUUAUCCCGCCACAGGGGGGUGCUAAAGAGGCUGAGCGAGAAGCUGCCGUCACCCCACUUCCUGCCACUCCAAAGCUGAGAUGGCAAGGCGUGCGUGUGUUUGUCUCCUCCACGUUCAGAGAUAUGCACGCUGAGAGAGAUGUUCUGGUGCGCAGUGUUUUCCCUGAGCUCCGGCGUCGUGCGGCGCCACACUGCCUCUACCUGCAGGAGGUGGAACUGCGCUGGGGGGUGACCGAGGAGGAGACUGGGCGUGUCGUGGAGCUCUGCCUCUCAGAGGUGUGCCGUAGCCAACUGCUGCUAGGCAUUCUGGGAGAGCGAUAUGGACUGCUGCCUCCCCGUCCAUCCCUACCAGACCUCCCACAAUACAGCUGGCUGGAUUCUGCUCCAUCAGGGUUGUCCAUCACCGAGAUGGAGAUUCGACAGUUCCAGGCCCUUCAUCCAGACACAGCUCAGAAUCGCAUGUUUUGCUACUUCAGGACACCCCAUCUGUCUAGGUCUGUUCCUGUGGCGUGGAGGUCAGACUUUGCUCCUGAGUCCAAGGAGGCUGAAUGUAAGAUGGCUGACCUGAAAAGAAGAAUAGUGGAUAGUGAAGCGAAAGUCACAGAAAAUUACCCCUGUGAGUGGGGUGGUGUUGUGGAUGGGAAGCCCUAUGUGAAAGGCCUGGAGGAGUUUGGGAAGGUGGUGCUGGAGGACCUUUGGGGGGCACUGUUGAAGCAGUUUGUGGAGAAAACGGAUGAAAGUGAUUCCAGGUCAGAUCUGUCAGAGCAAGAAGUGCACCAGGGCGCCUUGCAGCGGCAGUUCUUUGGCCGUGCCAAGCUGCUCUCUGGGGCGGUGGGGAAGGUGCAGGAGGCUCAGCUCAAAGGAGGAAUGGUGCUGCUGGAGGGAGCUCCAGGAGAGGGCAAGACUGUCUUCAUGGCUGCUCUGGCGAAUGCCCUAAGAACUCCUACCAAGUCCCAGAAAACCCCUAGAGGUGAUGUCAUCUCCUACUCCACUGCUGCUACCCAAUCAGCAUGCACUGUGGAAAAUCUUCUACGCUGCCUUGUACAGUGGUUAUGGAGAGGCAAUGAAAAAGAAGACUUGCCUCUCCCUUCCUCUUAUAAAGAUCUGCUGACAGAAUUCCACUCCCAGUUGAGUGACACCAGGAAGGACCAAUCACUGGCCCUGCUAGUUGAUGGGGCAGAGCAUGUGCAGGAUGGUACAGGACAGCUAACCUCUGAUUGGAUACCACAGCACCUUCCUCAGGGUGUGUCUUUGGUGCUGAGUGUCACCUCCACUUCGGCCCUGCUGCAAGUCCUCGCCAAGAGGAAACGGGCCUUAUUGUUUCCUUUAGGACAGCUUUCUUUGCCGGACAGAAAGGAGAUAGUUCAGAAGGAACUUGGCAUUUACGGGAAGAAGCUUAGUGACUCAGCUUUCAAUAAUCAGCUUCAGACCCUUCUGAUGAAGAAGGGAGCAGUGAGUCCACUUUAUCUACACCUGGCCUGUGAGGACCUGAGGAACUUUGCCUCUUUUGAAAAGAUGAAGGAGAGCCUCCAGGCUCUUCCUCCGUCUCUGAGUGAGCUGGUGCAGCACAGCCUGAGCAGACUGCAGUCCCAGUACAGAGAAGUGGGACUGGGCUGGGCGUUGGCCGCCUUGACUGUCAGCAGCACCGGCCUGAGGGAGAGAGACCUAUAUGCCAUACUGAACAUGUGCAAUGGCCUGACCUCUGGAGGUGAGAAGGCAACAUGGCAGGAUAUGCUGCACUUGGCCAGAAAGCCCAUAAAGCGUGUCCCAAUGGCAACCUUCUCCCACAUGGUGCGGAGUCUACAGAGCCUGAUUGAUCCAUCCCACUGUUACGGCCCGGAUGACCUCCUGGCACUGACCAAUCCCGAGGUCAAGCUGGCCUUUAAAAAAGAGCUCCUCCUACCAGGAGAGGCUGACUGGACCAGGGCUCAUAUCCUGUUGGCAGCCCAUCUUUGGGUGCUGGCAGAUCCUCAGGGAACAUGUACAUUUCUUCACUGUGAGGCCAGUUCCAUCUUGAACCUGCCAUUCCACCUGAUGAGAAGUGGCCAGUGGGAGGCGCUGCAUUGCCUGCUCUCUAGUUAUAAUUUCCUGUUUGCCAACGUGCGCCAUGGCCUCCUGCACCACCUCCUGGAGACCUACAGCUUGUUUGGCAAGAGGUUUGAGUCGGAAGGUAUUGGUUCAUGGGACACUUUAGACCAGAGCGGUCUGACAGAUUGUGUCGGGUUCCUGAAGCGCCAUGCUCCCAUCCUGUCCUCAUGGCCAGCCCUGUUUCUGCAGCAAGCUCUCAACGAGCCCAACCACACUGACGCCCAUGUAUGGGCACAAGGCAUGAUGGGGAAAGGGGUGCAUGUGAUGAGGUGGCUGAACAAUGAACAACAUACCCAGACGGAAACCAGUAAGCUGGUCUGCACCUUCUCCUCUGAGCCCACCUGUGUGGUUGUGAGUCCAGGGGGUGGGGUCAUGGCAGUAGGGACUGGACAGGGCACCCUCCACCUCGUCCACACCGAGACUGGACAGGAAGUGAGGUCACUGGUGAGCAGCUGUGACGGAAUCUCAGGAUGUGUCUUCCUGAGGAAGGGGCUUAUGGGAACUACUUCAUUUGAUGGACAGAUUGAAUUGUGGGAUGUUGAGAAUGGCUGCAGAACUGCCCUCAUCAAUGGCCACUCAAACAGAAUAACAGGAAGUGACGUCAGUGCAGACAGGAAGCACCUUGCAACUGUGUCUCUGGACUUAAGCCUUAAAGUGUGGUCAUCUCCAAAGGGCAGUCUGGUCACAGCCCUCUCCAGCACUAGCCCUCUGAACUGUGUGACCUUUGACCCCGAAGGUCAUCUUGUGGCAGCUGGGGGUUGGGAUGGGGCUGUGCGUCUCUGGAACUGGCUGAAGGGUGAAGUUACGACUCUCUCUGGUCAUCAGACGUCAGUACGCAGUCUGUCUUUCUCUCCCUCCUCUUCUCUGCUAUGCUCUGGCUGUCUGUCUGGAGAGGUGAGGAUGUGGUCAGUUCCAGCUUCUACCUGUGUGGGGCGCUACCAGGCUCACAGCGGAUCUACAGAAGUGCUCACCUUCCUGCUGGGAGGGACAGUACUUCUGAGUGCUGGAUCUGACCGCACGGUCCAGUUAUGGUCAGGUGGUCUGGGUCGCUCUGUGAAUGUAUUUGGAGAAUCCAAGGAGUCUGUUAUUCAGAAGGGAAAGAAGAUGUCAACCACGGAGCCCGCUGCUCUAUGUGUGGCUGUCGCUGGUGGUUAUGCUGCAGUGGGUUACCAUGGUGAUGGGUUGAAGCUCUUCAGUCUUGAAUCAGGUGAGAGGACAUGGGCUAGCAAGGACCUGCGGGUGUCUAUCCUCUGCCUGAUGUGGCUGGCUGCAGACGAACCUGAGCUGCUGGUGUCUGGGGGCGGGGACCAGCGGCUGAGGGUGUGGAGACAGGAGGAGGAGGAGAAGGCAGGCAUGGUGCUGCUGGGAUGUUUUGGGGUGCAACAAGGCCCCAUCCUGGCCCUGGCACAAAACUCCUCUUAUCUGGCCUCUGCCUCAGAUGACUGCUCCAUUGCUCUGUGGGCAGUGAAGGACUUGACCUCUGACCCCUGGGUUGACCCCAGUGUGAUCUCUGUCCUGAGAGGUCACAGUGGAGGGGUCACCUGCCUGGCCUUCAGUCUAACUGGGGAGGAGUUGCUGUCUGGUGGAAAAGAUCAGGUUCUAAUGGUGUGGAACGCCAGUUCCUCUCCUCCUACUCUCAUUCAGUCUCUACCACACUGCCAUGGAGACUGGAUAACUGGCUGUGUCUGGGGCCCAAACUGUGUGGUGAGCUGUUCCAGUGACUGCAAGAUCCGUAUGUGGGACCUACAGAAAGGUCGCAGUGUGAGAGAGAUCCUGGCGAGAUCCUCCCUCAGUGCAGUCUGCUGCCUGGGAGAAUUUGUGAUAGCAGGCUGUGCCGAGGGGGAGCUGCACGUGUGGAAAUGGGAUUCAGGGAUGGAAAUCAGCAGGAUUUCAGCUCACAGGUCACGCAUACACCACUGCUCUGUGAUACCUGACCCAGACAAGACCAAGGAGACUAAGCAGGAGGACAUGGUGGUUGCUACGGCGUCUGAUGAUGGCACAGUGAAGCUGUGGCACCCCUUCCAGGUACAGCAUCACAGCACCUUGCAAGGCCACAGCGGAGGGAUACAUGGAGCAGUCUCAAAGCAGGAAGGAGUCCCGGCAUUCCUCACUGUGUCUCAAGAUCGGUCGUUGAGGUCUUGGAGCGUUGCUGCAGCAAUGGAGAGUCCUCUCAACCGGAGGGGCACUGUUACCGCUCUGUCCUUCUGCCAGAGUGGGGAUUUGCUACUGUCUGGCUAUGAGUCUGGCAGAGUGGAGCUAUGGAAACACAAUUCUGCAGUUGGCCACAAAAAGGUGUCUGACAGUAGUGUAACAGCGAUAUGCUCCAUGCCUGAUGACCAGUUUGCUGUGGGAUGCAGGCAACGCUCUGUGUCAGUGUGGAAGGUGGAGUGGAAUCCUCAGCACAACGCUGCAAGUCUGUUGAAGGUGUCCACAUACUCAGUGCCUACCCCAGUGAUGCACCUGUACUACUGCUCCAUCCUGCUGGGAACCUGUGAGGAUGGAAAUAUCAUCAAUGUCCUCGCUGACGCUGAUAGAGAGAUUGACAAUUGGAAGGAUAACACACACAUUCUUGGGAUGGUGGCCAAUGAUGAAAAAAGCACUUGGCUGGUGGGCGAAAAGAAAGGACAGAUUGUGCUUGGCUUCAUGUAUGCCAUGGGCCCAAAGACUGACCUGCAGUCAUCAUGUGGUAAAAUUGAGCUAGAAAUGGAGGAGACUUGUGGUGAAAAAGGUGGCUGGAUAACUGCUGUGACUGUGGAGAGAGAGUUGGUGGUGUGUGGAGAUUCCAAGGGGAAUAUGUGGUUCAACCAGCCACCAAACACGAACUCCUGGAGCAGCAGGAAACCUGCACACAGUGACAGGAUCAGUGUUCUGAGACUCACCAACAGCACUAUCAUCUCGGCGUCCCAUGACAGAACGGUCAAAAUGUGGGACAGAAACACCAAGAAACAGGUGGGUGUGUUUGUGUGUGCGGGUCCUGUUCUGGUCUUGGAGGUGAACCCACACUGCUCCAGUGAACUGGUGUGUGGCGAUGCACUGGGCCAGCUCUACUUCCUCUCCUGGAGAGAAUAACCACCCAGUGUACACACAUACAUUGUAUACACGCACAGAGUCAUAAUUAACUUACUCUCACACAGAUAUACACUAUAUAUGCAAAAGUAUGUGGACACCCCUUCAAAUUAGUGGAUUCGGCUAUUUCAGCCACACAUUUUACAUUGACAUUUUUGUAAUUUAGCAGAUGCACUUAUCCAGAGUGACUAAAGGUUAGUGCAUUCAUCUUAAGAUAGCUAGGUGGGACAACCACAUAUCACAGGCAUAGAAAGUAAAAAUGUUCCUCUAAUGAGCUGUCAGAGCUAGGGGGGCCAUGCAAUCUCCAUAGACAAACAUUGGCAAUAGAAUGGCCUUACUGAAGAGCUCAGUGACUUUCAACGUGGCACCAUCAUAGGAUGCCACCUUUUCAA